UGGUGCGGGCGAGUUCGGCGGGUGCAGGUCCCGGCCUGCGCCUGCGGAGGACUCGGGCGGAGGGUCGAAGCGGGCGGUGCUCGCGACAGCCUGCGCUUCGCGAUGGUGGGCGUCCCUGGAGCGGCCGCCUUCCAGCUUGGUUGUGAGAAAAGGGUGCCAGCAAUGCCUGGAUCGCCUGUGGAAGUGAAGAUACAGUCAAGAUCCUCACCUCCCAUCAUGCCACCCCUCCCACCAAUAAAUCCUGGAGGACCGAGGCCAGUGUCCUUUACUCCUACAGCAUUAAGCAAUGGCAUCAACCAUUCCCCGCCUACCCUGAAUGGUGCCCCAUCACCACCGCAGAGAUUCAGCAAUGGUCCUGCCUCUUCCACAUCAUCUGCACUAACAAAUCAACAGUUGCCAGCUACUUGUGGUGCACGGCAACUCAGCAAGUUGAAACGCUUUCUCACUACUCUGCAGCAGUUUGGCAAUGACAUCUCACCUGAAAUUGGAGAGAAGGUUCGGACUCUUGUCUUAGCAUUGGUGAACUCAACAGUGACAAUUGAAGAAUUCCAUUGCAAGCUCCAGGAGGCUACAAACUUUCCUCUUCGUCCAUUUGUGAUUCCAUUUCUCAAGGCCAACCUGCCUCUGCUGCAGCGAGAACUGCUGCACUGCGCCCGGGCUGCCAAGCAGACCCCAUCCCAGUACCUGGCUCAGCACGAGCACCUUCUGCUCAACACCAGUAUCGCAUCUCCUGCUGACUCUUCUGAACUGCUUAUGGAGGUUCACGGAAAUGGAAAGAGGCCCAGUCCAGAAAGGAGGGAAGAGAAUAACUUUGAAAGAGAUCCAGUUCCUCCUGAACCACCUGCCAAGAGAGUGUGUACUAUCAGCCCUGCUCCCCGGCACAGUCCUGCCCUCACUGUUCCCCUCAUGAAUCCUGGGGGCCAGUUCCAUCCUACUCCACCACCUCUUCAGCACUAUACUUUAGAAGACAUUGCAACUUCUCACCUGUAUCGGGAGCCAAACAAGAUGCUGGAACACCGAGAAGUUCGUGAGAGGCACCACAAUCUUAGUCUCAAUGGAGGUUAUCAAGAUGAGCUGGUAGACCACCGUUUGACAGAAAGGGAAUGGGCUGAUGAAUGGAAACAUCUUGACCAUGCCCUGAAUUGCAUUAUGGAAAUGGUAGAGAAAACGAGGCGCUCCAUGGCAGUUCUGAGGCGCUGUCAGGAAUCUGAUCGUGAAGAACUCAACUAUUGGAAAAGGCGGUUUAACGAAAACACAGAGUUAAGGAAAACUGGGACUGAGCUGGUUUCUAGGCAGCACAGCCCUGGGAGUACAGAUUCUCUCAGCAAUGAUUCUCAGCGGGAAUUCACCAGUAGGCCAGGAACAGGAUAUGUACCUGUAGAGUUUUGGAAGAAAACAGAAGAAGCUGUGAAUAAGGUGAAAAUUCAGGCCAUGUCAGAAGUACAAAAGGCUGUAGCUGAGGCAGAACAAAAAGCCUUUGAAGUGAUUGCAACUGAGAGAGCUCGAAUGGAGCAAACCAUAGCGGAUGUCAAACGGCAGGCUGCAGAAGAUGCUUUCCUGGUCAUCAAUGAGCAAGAGGAGUCCACAGAGAACUGCUGGAACUGUGGCCGAAAAGCCAGUGAGACGUGCAGUGGCUGCAAUAUUGCUCGCUACUGUGGUUCCUUCUGCCAACAUAAGGACUGGGAACGGCAUCACCGCCUCUGUGGCCAGAGUCUGCAUGGCCACAGUCCUCACAGUCAGAGCCGGCCACUGCUCCCUGGAGGCCGAGGCUCAGCCAGGUCUGCUGACUGCAGUGUGCCCAGCCCAGCCCUGGACAAGACCUCAGCCACCACCUCACGUUCCUCAACACCUGCAUCUGUGACAGCCAUCGAUGCCAACGGACUCUGAGCCACACAGACUCCACCUGCCCUGAUGACCACUCCACAUGGCAGAAUGCUUACGCCAGGGAGCUGGCAAUUAGAACAAAUAGCUGUUGGGUCAUCAGCAGGAAAAGUGUCAGGAAGCAUCAAAAGGCACGCCACUACUUCUCUGGGAUUUGCCACGUGUCCUAGGAAGAACUAGUGUGUCAUUCUCUGUACACAGAAGUUGCUUGAGCUGCCUCCUCCAUGGCUUUCCUGAUGUUUCUCUUCCAGCUAAAGCUGGCAUGACCCAUCCCCGUCUCAGUGUACACCACCAGCUCCCUCCGACUCCUUGCAUCAGCAGAUUGUCAGGAGUGCCCCAGCAGGCACCUGUGUCCCACAGUGUCCAACAGUAGAGGCCUGAAGACUGGUAGCAGGCUGAAGAGGAGGCCCUUCCUCUCUCUGCCUCCAAACAGUUACUUGUGCCCCAUGUCUACCCUUAGGUGAUACUGAUUGGCCUAUCAGAGACUUGGGUAACAGAAAAGCAGUAUUCAGGACUCCUUCCUGAGCUGCCCAGACCUGUUAAGAUACUCAGAAAUGCAAGAUAGAAGUCACCAGUAAAGUCCAGUAAUGAUAAAAAUUUCAGUCAGUCUUCCCAAGCACCAGAUCAUUUUGGACAAGAUUUUCCAACCUGGGCAGCUUCAAUAGUUUGGAACAUCCCCACACGCAUACUCCAAAGUUUCACUUGAUUUUGCUUGUGCAAAAAAUAAUCUCCAUCGCAUGGAUUGGUCUGAGAGAGGAUGAAUCCAUUGUAUGAGUCUUUUCUCUGAGCAUGUUAGCCAAACUAAAAUAUUCAGUGGAUCUUGGAAAUGCAGAACCCUCUGGCACUGCUUGACUGUUUGACACAGUCAUCUUGUUCCUUUUUUCUCAGACUGUGCAUGUCUGCAUCACCGGGGAUGUCUCUUGCACAUAGGUUCUCUUUGACACCUGUCAGACUACACUUUGAGCAGUGCUCCUGACCUUGAUUGGAGUAUUCCCACCUGGUUGUGUGGCAUCAUGCCACCUCAUGGGUUCAUUAUCAGAUGAACAUUCUCAGCCUCCUUUUUCUGUGCUAUAGCAUCCCUCACAGCUCAGAGUCUGUGAAGUAUGGGAACUGUAUUGAAGAGCCUGACCUAUUUUUCUUCCCAUCUUCAGAAGUUUUUCGAAUUACCUGAUUCUCUAAAUAGAACAUCAUCUGUACCCCAUUCAUCAGGCCAACUGCUGCCUCACACCUUUUUCCCUUGCCAUUUUUUGAAGUUUGUUAUUAGUUGCCAGAGGACUUUGCCUUACCACUCAGGGUCCUCCAGCAUCCUCUUGCCCUGUACAGUCAGUUGGGAUGAAUCAGUGCCCUUGAUCCUGUUGGCUUUUGGAAGCCGUGGUCACCUUUUGUACAAUGAUGAAGUCUGAAUACUAGCCUGUGGCCCAUAAAAGCCUGGAUGAUAUUGUCCUUGCUUACAAUUAUGACUGAUUUUAUGAUACUGAGUCCCUGCCCGAUUUUAACAAGGAUUUUCAGUAUUAGAAACUUAGACCUUUAAAAUAUUAUUUCAGCAUAGAAUACCCAAGACCCACUACUUACUAUAGUGACAGUGCAGCCUGGCCUCCCUGGUCCCAUUCCUAUCAGUCUAAUACCCCAGCCACUGGGGACAGCAUUAUUUUACUAGGUAGAGUCAAUACUAGACAGCAUUUGCCCAUAUUCUCAGAUACAAGAGAGUCUAUAGAGUUACAAUCUUGUGGCCACAGGACUGACUAUACCAGGUAAUUGGCAUAAAGAGCUGGAACCAAAACGUUACUACUUGCCAGGUUGGAAAUCAGUUUCUACAGCAAAGGUUUAAGGGUACAGGACCUAGCCUACUUUCGUGGACUACGUUGGUUGCCCUGACCGAUUGUUUCUAUAGUGCUGUUGGGGACUGCUUAGCCUUUGUGCCCUUCACAGGUUUGUCUACAGACCUUGACAGUACUUCUUCACACUGUAUAGCUCAGUUCUCAGACUUGUCACUGGCUCGCCUCUAGUAAGCAUCACCCUUUAAAUGGCAUCUGCUGAAGACUUGCUUUUCAGAUUUAAGGAGUUUCUAUCUCUAGUUCUCCAGCAGCAUCUAAGGUAGGAGCUGGGGUUAUUAUAUGCGAGUCCUGGCCCCACACUUCAGUUCUAGUCUGCUAAUAUGACCCAUUACUGGGCUGGGAAUGAACAGAAAGUUUCCACUCAUCCACACCAAGAAAAGAAGAAACAGCUGAGUCAGGCUGCUCAGAGGUCUGGCCUCUGCAGUAACUAUUUGGGGAACAAAAUGGUCAGGGCUUCAUCCUCUGCCAAGUGAGAGAUAAGAUUGCAGAAACCGGACAGAGGUAGCCACAGUGGGAGACAUGCACCAUUCCUCACUCUAGCAAAUGGUGAAGACUUAGUGAAGCUAGGUUGGGACCUGGCUUAUUUAGUAGUGUGGCUAUCAUGCUGAAGGCCUGGAUUUGAUUUCCAGCAUGACAUAAACCAGCCAUGUGGUACAUAUAAUUCCAACAUUUGGGAGGUGGGAGCAGGACCACCAGAAUCUUAAGCUCAUCCUUAGCUACAUAGCAAGUUUGAGACCUGUCUAACAAAAAGACACAUUGAACGGUCCCUGCAGCUCCAUUAGAUUGGCUCAUGCAGGCAGGUGGUGGUGAGGACAUGGGCUGAGUAUCGUUUUCUGGAGGCCAAAGUCAUAUGCUGCCAUGGAUCUGUGUGGAAACCACCUGUUUUCCCUCCUCAGGUCUAUACAGGCUGUUACCUUCUGCAGUAUGGACUCCUCUCAUUUGAUCUCCAGGAAGUGCUUCACAUCUUGAUGUGAACUCUAGCUUCCAGAGGGGAAGUCUACAUUUUACUUAGUAUAGCCCUGUCUCAAAAGAUGAAGUGACCUGGUACUCCUCAUUACUUUCUCAUAGAGGGUGAAGACAUUUUUUUGAGUGGUUCUGGAAACUAUCUCAGCAAGUGUGUAAGGACUCAACAGAACUGCAAGUGUAUGUUAGUGGAUUCUCCCUGGAGCAUAAGGAAUGAGCAGAUGGCCAUCGUCCUGGAAACUGCAGACGGGAUUGUGGGUUGAAUAAACCAUUACAAAUAGGACACAUCUUGGAGGCUUUCUUCAGAACUGGACUAAAACCAAGGUUUCCAGGCUUCUGGCUCAGGAGACUAAGCUAGUGUGCAUUGAUGAAUGUUAGCUAUUUGCAGAGAACUGGGUGGUGGCAUGUUUGAACCAAAUGUGGGAAAAGCCAGAAGGAACUGAGCUGGCCAGCGUGGGCCAGCUGGCCAGCUGUGGGAGACCCUUGACCUAGCAGCUGCUUAGCAGAGCCUGCCCACUCAAGUAUAUUCCUGUAAAGCCAAAAUGCUGACUACCUGCUUCUGCCUCGUGUUGACACCCAUUUCCAAAGAUGAUGGAGCACGUGUGAACCAGGAGGAAGCUAAGGUGGGAGGUGAUGAUUCACCCUACCAUCUCUCCUCCUACAGCCUGGGAGGUGAUGCUUCCCACUCAGACCCCAUCUUGUCAGGCCUCCAGCUGCCCAGUGUAAACUGUCAAUGCUUAUACCAAAAAGGCAUGUGCAGCUGGUGUCUGUCAGGGACAGCCCAGUCCCUGCCUUGUAGUUGGCCAGGGAGAAGCUGCAACAGUUGUUGAGUGAAUGGUUGAAAGGGCUGUUUGAUAUAAGGCCUUCAUUCCACUCCUGUGGCUUUCCAAGUUCCUGAUGAGACUACAAAGGCUCCAUCCAUACAGAAAACCAAUAAUGUAAAUAAAUAGAAAGCCAAGCCUGCAAGCAUGGUUUGCAGAGGCGGGUGAUGAAUGUGAAGCCACCCGCAGGAUGCAUUUGGGUCUGGUUUUUCUGUGCUUUUGUCAUUUGACUCAAUAGGGAACUUUUGUUACUUAACUCUGUGCAUAACUUAUUUAAUGUACUGUAUAAAUGAACCAAAACUGUUAAAUAUGUAUUUAGUUUGUUCUACUUAAAGUAGUUAAUAAAAAUGCUAUAUUCCU